AGUUUACCCCUUGGUUUACAGCCCAGUUUCAGUUCACGAAGGCGCCGUAGAGCUGAACAACGGUCCGAAGAUUUCCGUCGAUUGCCAUUUGUGGCAGACGAUGAAGUGGAGGAGGACGAGUUCUUGAGUGUCGCUCAACCCAUCAACACAACAGAUGACGGUAAGAAAGUUAGCAAACAUCUUAUUGCUUUCAAGCAUCAGGACAGUUCUCUACACUUGUUGGUCCUUGGCAGAUUUCCAACGACAUCCAACGGAAUCGAGCAGAGUUCCAUUCGAACGAGACUCAUCGCAUAUCCCAUUAACCAUCAGCCAUCAGCUCUACUCAGUACGACACAAAGACAGCUUGUAAUGGAGAUCUUGGGGAGAUGUGAACCAGAAAUCGCUCGUCGUCAAGGGAUACGUGUUGGUCUUUAUUCCGAUGAGAAAGAAGACAUAGAUGAUCGAUUCAAUCGCCUCUACGUCGGUGACAAA